UUAGGGUCUUCUACAGUCCAACAUAAUCAUCAUUCAGUUAGCAUUUAAAGUGACAGGUUGAAAGAGAAGUGCAGUGCCGGCAACAGACCGAGGGAGGGAGACAGAGAAUCAUAGAGGAGUGUUAGUGUUAGCGCAGAGUGUGGAAGCUCACAUUUCUUUUCGGGCCGACGGCUUACACUACGUGAGCCCCGGAUCGCUAUCUGCAAUCCGGAUCACAAACCAGGCUCUGAGGGAACGAGAGAAAAGAGGAAGAGAGAGAGAUUGACGAGGACGAGUGGAAUGAAAGUGGAAUAAAUAUAGUAGCAGCGGUAGCUUUGUCUAAACGAGGGGGGGCUAAACCAAGGCGCAGAGGAGGAGACUGAGUCCAGCUACCGCCCUUUAGUUAACCGGACGGCACGAAUAAGAGGAAACAGCAGAGGAGGUUGACUAGAGCUUGUAUCUCCAAUAAUAAGUUGUUUUGAACAUAACACUCCACACUUUGGGCCUCUCAGCAGCCAUGGCAGAUGCAGACAUCGAAUUCCAAAGAGGUGAUGCUGGUGCAUCUGCCACCUACCCCAUGCAGUGCUCUGCCCUGCGCAAAAAUGGCCAUGUUGUGCUGAGGGGUCGACCCUGCAAGAUCGUGGAGAUGUCCACCUCCAAAACUGGCAAGCACGGCCAUGCUAAGGUCCACCUGGUUGGUAUUGACAUCUUUACUGGUAAGAAGUAUGAAGAUAUUUGUCCCUCCACACAUAACAUGGACGUCCCUAAUAUCAAGAGGAUGGACUACCAGCUUAUUGGGAUCCAAGACGGCUAUCUGUCCUUGCUUCGGGACAGUGGAGACGUGAGAGAGGACCUGAAGAUCCCAGAGGGAGAUCUGGGCAAAGACAUUGAGAGUCGGGUGGAUGGUGGAGAGGAGAUUAUGAUCACUGUUCUAAAUGCAAUGGAAGAAGAAGCUGCCAUCGGUAUCAAAAACCUAAAUAGUAAAUAAACAGUUGCAGGUAAUUAUAGAGCUACAGCUGAUUGGGCAUCAGCUGCAUCAUACCAACCCCCCUGUACACUCCUCAACUAUCAUCCAAACCCAGCCUGCUUGAGAAUGUUUGUGUGUAUUACAGUAUGCAAAGUCAUGUAUGUGAGUGUGUGCUACACCACAGUUCACUAGCAUGUGCCAUGUCAGUGUGUACUUUCAUGUACAGUGGGGCUUUGAGAUACGAGCUACACAAAAUUUCCCAGGUUACCAGUAAGCAACUUUUGCAAGAUUUUCCUCUCUCUCUCUUUCUAUCAUCUAAAUCAGUCCUAACUCUGUCCUUUUUCUACCUUAGUGACCUCGACACUGUUGCGCUGUCUCCCUCACUGUCCCUCACUGGGUUAUUUUACCCAUUUGAAUAACAAUAAUAUAAAAAAAACCCUCUUAAUUAUUAUUAUUUUAAUAGUAUAUUUCUGGCGGUUGGAACAAAUUAAUUGGUUUUUAGUUACUUUUAAUGUGGAUAAAAUCGAGAUACGAGAGGAUUGACCUACGAGUGCUGUUGUGGAACAGAUUAAACUCGUAUCUCGAAGCCCCACUGAUUAUGCAUCCAUCAGUGCUUUUACAUGUACACUUUGGUCAAAUUAGAGGUACAGAUCAACUGAACUGAUGUCCCAGUAUUGACACAAACCAUUAUAUGACAUUUUCCUUUUUAGUCUGCAAUGGUGUGCAGUCUAAAACCUGUUGCGGUACCAGUGUUUGGCCUCUCUCACAGCUUGCUUUACUCCAUUUGUCCUUGUACAAACUUGUGUCACAGCUCACGUCACAAACAGUUCGGUCAAUCCUAGGUUUCUGGUUCGGGAAAGUCAUGAUGGUAAUGCUGAUAAUGAUGAGACAUGCCAUUGGAGUGAAGGGGGCACCUAAUAAAAAAAUGUAUAUAUAUAUUUUAAGGGCUGUCAGGGGUAAAAGGAUCCAACACCCUGGGAAAAAAACACGAACCAGGAACUGUGGGUGGGCCGGAAAAAAAUCCCAGAAAAAGUGACGAUGAGCAUGGACGAACUCAAAGAGCCAAAAGAUUACCACAUAGGUAAAGCGGACCAUCUGGCGCUGUGCCAACGACAGGCAGGUGGCUAUAAGCUGGCGGCCUGGUGCGUGUAAUCAUCAGCGUUGACGCAGCGCCGGUGAGGACACAGGUGACCAGGUUGCUGUACACACAAACAAUUCACUCCCAUCCAGCCACAGUGAAAAACUCCAGGCAACCAGAUCAUAUACAAAGUGUAAAAUAAUACCAAAAAAAGUCCAAAUUAUAUACAAACCCCUGAUGGACCUUCCAUGCCUACUCCAAUGCAGGCACAGAGGCAUUAGAAGUCAGUAAAUGACAUCAUGAAGAAAUGAGUGAGAGUAAAGAGAUUGGUGGUGGUUUUGUUUUUUUCUUAACAGGUUCUCAAGGUGCAUUUAUUUAACUGUAGCAAAUUCACAUAUUUCAUGAUUGGGAUUGGGGAUUUCUUAACCUUAGCCAUGAUGCUUUUAAUUGGAUUGUAUUUGUAUGUCCAGAUGGAACAAUUAGCUUGCUAACAACACAAUAUUAUCAUCAUUAUCUUCUUGACCAUUUGCUUUUUUUUUACCUCUUAAAGUUUUGCAAAUAUUCAUCCUUAGAAUAUUCCCAUUGUUUCCAUAUGUUACUGCAAUUAAGUUACAUGUUGAAUUGUGUUCAAUGUAACAAAUGUUACUAAUUGGACUGAAAGUCAUGUUACAGUGGACUUGCAUUCCCCUGGAUGUGUUGUGUUUUGUUUUCCCUUUACUGUAAACACUAUUCAAACCAUGUGUAUGAUCACAUUUUUGUGUAGCAUUAUCAGGUUAUAUGCAGGCUUGAAGUUCAUAAUGUCUUUUAAGCUCUGGUGUAGUUCUUUUUCUUUCUCUUCUGUAGGUUCUACUUCUAUUCAGAGCCUGAUCUUUACCAAAUGUAACAUUCCUGGGUUUCCCACUAAGAAAAAUACAAACAACUUGUAGCUUUGUUGAAAUUUCCAUGUCAGAUUGUUUUCAUUUUAUGCAAUUUCUUACAAAGUGUGGGCUGCAGAAAAACAGUUCUGCAAUACGAAAAUGUAAGUUGAUGUAUAUGCAGAUCACACCCUGCAGAGGGUGCUUAAACCAGUUGCUUCAUUAAA